UCCUCCAAGAGUUUGACUCUCAACCCUUCCUUCCACUCGAUUGCUUUUGCUUUGAUCAAGUUUUCUUCCUUCCUUCUUCAAUUCAGCACCACUUUUUACUCUUCCAUUUUCGAUAAUCUCACAACCCGACACUGCAUGCUACCGGUCCGCCUGUUUUUUUGCCUUUUUUUUUUUUACCGCUUCAAAUGGGAUUUCUAAACCCCUGUACCUAAUUCAUAGUUUUCAUCAAUUUUAUCUGUAUUCCCUGAGUUCAAUUUUUAUUGUUUUUCAAAAGAGUAGCACAACUGUCGACUAAUUUAAAGUAAACUAGGGCUUAAAAAGAUGAAGAUAGAGGAUUUGGAUGAGAUAGAGAACGAGUCAGAGACUGCGAUUGUGGGUGGAUUUGAUUGCGAUUAUGAUUAUUAUGGCAAUCAUAGGAAUUCCAAUCAGGAUCGCAGGAUGAUUGCCCGGGUCGACGCCAAGAGAGCUCUUGUUGGAGCUGGUGCGCGGAUCCUAUUUUAUCCGACCCUUUUGUAUAAUGUUUUCCGUAACAAAAUGAACCAAGCUGAGUUCAGAUGGUGGGAUCAAAUUGAUCAGUUUUUGCUCUUGGGAGCAGUUCCAUUUCCCAAGGAUGUUCCUCGGUUGAAGCAGCUCGGUGUUGGUGGUGUUAUUACCCUGAAUGAAUCGUAUGAAACUCUGGUUCCAACAUCAUUAUACCGCGCUCAUGCGAUUGCCCAUCUGGUUAUUCCAACUCGGGAUUAUCUCUUUGCUCCAUCAUUUUUUGAUAUCAAUCGUGCUGUUGAAUUUAUCCAUGAGAACGCAUCUGUUGGUCUAACGACGUACGUACACUGCAAAGCUGGGCGGGGAAGGAGCACUACAAUUGUUCUCUGCUAUUUGGUGGAGUACAAGAACAUGACUCCAGCUUCUGCACUAGAGUAUGUUCGUUCUAGGAGACCUAGGGUGCUGUUAGCUCCUUGUCAAUGGAAGGCUGUACAAGAAUUCAAGGAGUGGCGGUUGGCUUGUGUAGGACAGUCUCCGUCUGUAGAUGCUGUGUUGAUAACAAAAGCAGAUUUGGAGGGCUACCAGAGUUCUGGCGAUGAUACGUCCAAGGAGCUGGUGAUUGUACCCAAAAUGAGGAGUAGGCCCAUGAUAGCAAGGUUGUCCUGUCUCUUUGCGUCUUUGAGAGUUUCGGGUGGGUGUGUCCCUGUUACUAGGCAACUAACUGAGGCGCGGGCAUGCUAGUUUCUGUCCUUUGGGUCCGCUGCUUGCUUGUACAGAGGAGCAUUGGCAAGUAGGUCGUUGUAUCAUCAGUAGUCUUGUCGUAGGAAGAAAUACGAGGGAGGAAUAAUCAAAGACAGAAGAGCAAACUACUGAUCCCUUAAAUGUGGCUGUAUACCAUGGGGUUAGGUCCUGCUUCAAUCCAUUUGUAAAUAUUUGCUUCAGUUUUUGGAUAUAUUCUAAUUUAGGGCGGAAAAUCUGGCAAAUUAUGAUAACAGGCCCCUUUUCGUCCUUCGCACCGUGGUUAGGCAUCUGUUUCUUUCAUGAAUUUUGAAAAAGGUGCCUUUUGACCGUUCAAUACGUUGUAGAUGCUUCUCAGAGCAAAUUGAUAAAAAGCAGUGCAGUUGUGGUAUGGUGCUCAA